AUGUCGCGCUCCAUGCGUAGCCAUGGCCGGGAUUGGGACGACGACACCAAGAGUCGCAGCUCCUUGAUAAGCUCGUUCGCAGCCUGCGAGGCGCGAUGGUCCAAGCUAGCAGAGCCGGCAGAUCGUCUGAUGCGACUGCCCAACAAACUCACAUCAACCUACGUCGACCGCUAUGGGCGGACGACGUUCGACGAUACCUACGCGCUGGGCUGGACAUCAACGCGGCCACCGCCCAUCGGCCAUAACCACCCCAAAAUCAUUAGGGCAAGGAAUAACGGCAACUGGUCCGAGAAGUUAGAGGCAUACUAUAGCGAGCUACCACCAAACUAUAACAUUCCCUUGGCUGGUCAGGCUUGCAAGAAGCCCGAUGAAGACUGGAGUUCGCGCAGCUCAACACGAGUCGCGACGCCUUUUAGAGCAGAUUUUGGACCUUUCACCUUCCUCCUCGAUGCACUCGCCAAGAUACGCAAGCCUAGGGAACCGACUGCAGGGAAGAAGAUGUGGGAAUGCCGUUUCACACCGAAAGACAUGGAAAAGGAGAAAGAGGACAACUUCCACAACCGACCAUCCAUCAAACUCCCGCUACCAGAUCACGUCAAGGCGUUGCUCGUCGACGACUGGGAAAAUGUCACCAAGAACCAGCAGCUGGUGCCAAUUCCCCAUGUCCACCCUGUCGACGAGAUCCUGAAGGACUAUCUCGAGCAUGAGCGUCCCAAUCGGGUACCAGAGUCGCCACAGAUGGAUAUUCUCGAGGAGACCGUUGCUGGGUUGCGCGAGUACUUUGACAGGUGCCUAGGCAGGAUCCUUCUCUAUCGCUUUGAGCGCGCACAAUACCACGAGCAGCACUUGAUCUGGACUGCCGGCACGGACGAGAAGCACAAGAGCGCCUCUGACACUUAUGGCGCCGAGCACCUCGCUCGUUUGCUAGUAUCCCUCCCAGAACUCGUCGCCCAAACAAACAUGGACCAGCAAUCAGUCAACCGCCUCCGCGAGGAGCUGAUCAAGUUCACCAACUGGUUCAGCCGCCACACGACCAAGUACUUUGUCAGCGAGUACGAGACACCCAGCCAGGAGUAUGUGGACCAAGCUAGAAGCGUUUAGGAAUCUUCUUUUGGCCAUAUUCCGAGGGAGGUGUUGGAGGAGAUGAAAGCAAAACGGAAAGCGGAAGCUUUGUCCGAAGCUCAGGGGGCGAAGAGCUCGAAGAAGAAAACCCGUUGAGGUGAUUUCAUCUUCUUAUAUUUAGCUGCCUUGUCGGGUUGUGCAAUGAUGUCGAGGCGGUGACUUCUUACCUCCUUAAGGAAAAGGUUUGUACGGGUGUGGAUGUCACUGAGUCGAAGUUCGGUUCAGGUGCGGUUGUGGUUCCGGU